GGGGGGCAGGUCCUCCAGAGCCAAGGCCCCUCCCUUCCCAGUCCUUUCCUUGCUUUGGGGUCUCUCCUGCAAGGGCUGCCUCGCUGUCCCCUCCUGGGAUCUGGAUUUGCUAGAGCCUCUCAUUAAGACGGACAGAACUUGUCAGAAGACCAAAGGGUUCCUUCCGAUCUCUCAGAGGCUUCCUGAGAGCACAGAUGGAUGAGCGAGACUCAGCUGGCCCUGAGGCACGAAGAGGCCAUGCCAGCCAAACGGAGAGCAAUGGGGGAUUCUGGGAAAACCCAGUGCAGAAGAUCCUGGGUGAGGAGGACACUCUAUGCUCAGAGGUGCAGAGCCAGCAGUUGAGGCAGUUCUGCUGCCAGGAGGCCAAAGGACCCCGAGAGGUUUGCAGUCGACUCUACCACUUUUGCCGCCAGUGGCUGAAGCCGGAAAGGCACACGAAAGCUGAGAUGCUGGACCUGGUGAUCUUGGAGCAGUUCCUGGCUGUCCUUCCCCCGGAGAUGGAGAGCUGGGUGAGGGAAUGCGGAGCAGAGACCAGUUCCCAGGCGGUGGCCCUGGCCGAAGGUUUCCUCCUGAGUCAGGCAGAGGAGAGAAAGCAGGGAAAGGAUCUCUUUGCAGAAAUGGACCUGGAUUCCUGUGAGGCAGAGAGGCCUCCGUUGGACACCAGAGAGAGGCCACUGGGUGACAGAAGGAUGCCGGCAAGACCUCCUGAUCUGUCUUUUCAUGGGGGCAGAAGGGAAGCAGCGGCUGUGGAACCAGAUCAGGGUCCAUUGUGCUUUGAAAAUGUCGCUGUUGGUUUCACAGACAAGGAGUGGGCGUUCCUGGAUCCUGACCAGAGAGCUCUGCAAAAGGACGUCAUGGAGGAGAAUCCUGGGAUUGUGACCUCUCUUGAUUGUGAUGAAUUGGAAAUCGAGAACAAAGGUGACCACGAUAAAGUCCCCAUAGAGGAGAAGCCAGAUAAAAAUUUGGAGUGUGGAGAAAGCUGCAAACAGAACUCCCAUUCCACUUCCCUUCAAAAAAAUCUUAUUGGAAAUAAACCCUAUCAGUGUGUGGAAUGUGGAAAGAGCUUCAGUCAGAGCGUCAACCUUAUUUCCCAUCAAAGAAUUCAUACAGGGAUGAAACCCUAUCAGUGUGUUGAAUGUGGAAAGAGCUUCAGUCAGGGCUCCUCUCUCACUUCUCAUCAAAGAAUUCAUACAGGGGAGAAACCCUAUCAGUGUGUGGAAUGUGGAAAGAGCUUCAGUCACAGACAGAAUCUCACUUCCCAUCAAAGAAUUCAUAGAGGGGAGAAACCCUAUCAAUGUGUGGAAUGUGGAAAGAGCUUCACUGAUAGCUCCUCUCUCACCUCUCAUCAAAGGAUUCAUACAGGGGAGAAACCCUAUCAGUGUGUGGAAUGUGGAAGGAGCUUCAGCCAGAGCUCCUCUCUCACUUCCCAUCAAAGAAUUCAUUCAGGGGAGAAACCCUAUCCUUGCUUUGAAUGUGGAAAGAGCUUCAGUCAAAGACAGAAUCUCACUUCCCAUCAAAGAAUUCAUACAGGGGAGAAACCCUAUCAGUGUGUGGAAUGUGGAAAGAGCUUCACUGAUAGCUCCUCUCUCACCUCCCAUCAAAGGAUUCAUACAGGGGAGAAACCCUAUCAGUGUGUGGAAUGUGGAAAGAGCUUCAGUCAGAACUCCUCUCUCAGUUCCCAUCAAAAAAUUCAUACAGGGGAGAAACCUUAUCAGUGUGUGGAAUGUGGAAAGAGCUUCAGUAAUAAGGACAGUCUUACUUCCCAUCAAAGAAUUCAUACAGGGGAUAAACCCUAUCAGUGUGUGGAAUGUGGAAAGAGCUUCAGCCAGAGUUCCUCUCUCACUUCCCAUCAACGAAUUCAUUCAGGGGAGAAACCCUAUCAUUGUUUUGAAUGUGGAAAGAGCUUCAGUCACAGUCCGAAUCUCACUUCCCAUCAAAGAAUUCAUACAGGGGAGAAACCCUUUCAGUGUGUGAAAUGUGGAAAGAGCUUCAGUCACAGUCAGAAUCUCACUUCACAUCAAAGAAUUCAUACAGGGGAGAAACCAUAUAAGUGUGAGGAAUGUGGAAAGAGCUUCAGUCACAGUCAGAAUCUCACUUCACAUCAAAGAAUUCAUACAGGGGAGAAACCCUAUCAGUGUGUGGAAUGUGGAAAGAGCUUCACUGAUAGCUCCUCUCUCACUUCCCAUCAAAGAAUUCAUACAGGAGAGAAACCAUAUCAGUGCUUUGAAUGUGGAAAGAGCUUCAGGAAUAGCUCCUCUCUCACUUCCCAUCAUAGAAUUCAUAAAGGGGAGAAACCCUAUCCAUGUGCGGAAUGUGGAAAGAGCUUCAGAAACAGCCGCAAUCUCACUUCCCAUCAAAGGAUUCAUACAGGGGAGAAACCCUAUCAGUGCUUUGAAUGUGGAAAGAGCUUCAGUCACAGCUGCAGUCUCACUUCACAUCAAAGGAUUCAUACAGGGACGAAACCCUAUCAGUGUGUGGAAUGUGGAAAGAGCUUCAGUCGGCGCUCCUCUCUCACUUCCCAUGAAAGAAUUCAUACAGGGGAGAAACCCUAUCCGUGUGUGGAAUGUGGAAAGAGCUUCAGAAACAGCCGCAAUCUCACCUCCCAUCAAAGAAUUCAUACAGGGUAGAAACUCUAUCAGUGUGUGAAAUGUGGAAAGAACUUCACUGAUAGCUCUUCCCUCACCUCCCAUCAAAGGAUUCAUACAGGGGCGAAACCCUACCAUUGUGUGAAAUGUGGAAAUAGCUUCAUUCAGAGCUCCUCUCUCACCUUCCAUCAAAGGAUUCAUACAGGGGAGAAACCCUGUCAGUGUAUGGAAUGUGGAAAGAGCUUCAGUCACAGGCAGAAUCUCACUUCCCAUCAAAGGAUUCAUACAGAGGCGAAACCCUAUCAGUGUGUGGAAUGUGGAAAGAGCUUCACUGAUAGCUCCAAUCUCACUUCCCAUUAAAGAAUCCAUACACAGGUGGGAAAAACCAUUAUACAGCUUUAGAAUCCAGGCUUUGGCUAAUUGAUGUGUAUGAAGAUAAAAGUGUUAUGGGCCUUAAUUUAUGAUGAGUUAAAACAAAUGUUUGGAAUAACCUUUCUAAAAAGACCAGAAGGAUUUCUGUUAAGUAUUGUUGGCAGGGACAUCCCAAAUGCCUUUAGAGAGGUAUUCUUAUAUGCAACGGCCGCAGCUUGGACUUUGGUGGGAAAGGGGUGGAAGGAAGAAGUCCCGACAGUAAUGGACUGGCAUAACAAGCUACAAGAAUUUGCUGAAAUGGUGAAGUUGACAAAUAGCCUGAGAGGCAAUUCAAAACAAAAAAUUAUUUAAAAGUGGGAUAGAUAUAUGUUCAAAAAUACAGUAAAGGUUCGCUAUCUAUGCUAUCAUUCAAUUGACGUUGGAAAGAGACUGAGUUGAGAAAUAAGACCAAGGGUACAUAUUGAUAUAGGAAUGUAUUAGAUAAAAUGUAAAGAAAUAUACAGUAAUAAGAGCACAUUCUUUUGUGAAAAAGGAAUAUAGAAUGGGAUAGACAGGAAGUCCGAAGUGUUGGUACAUAUAUGAUUUUGGAAUAAUUUUUUGUCCUUGUUUUCUUUUUCUUUUAGCAUAUAAACUUUGUAUACAUGUUGAAAAUUAUAGUAAAAUAAGCCUUGUGAUGUAACAUGAUAAUGUUUACCGAUGUAACAUAAGAACAUUAAUAUUUUUUUUUAAAAAAUACAUCUAAUGCCCUUUUAACAUGUGAUGUUUUGUGUUUUUAUGUUGUGUUUUAUGUUGUAACCAUCCUGAGACCUGUGGGUGUAGGGAAUAGGUGCCAACUCUUCACCCCCCCAAUAAAAUAUUUGAGGAGGCCACCCCCCAGGUUUUUUUUUUU